AUGGCGUCAACUCAAGCUUCUUUCCACUCAAACAGCCUACAAGAGACCGUCCGCCCGUUAGCAGCCUUUCCGGAAAACAUUUGGUCUGAUCGUAUCGCUCCCUUUACUCCCGAUAAGGAGGAACAUGAAAUGUAUGAAAGAGAGAUUGAAAUGUUGAAGGCAGAAGUGAAUAGCAUGCUUUUGGCAACCGGAAAGACCAUGAUGGAGAGAUUCGACUUUAUAGACAAAAUAGAACGACUUGGUGUCUCGCAUCACUUUGAUAUCGAGAUUGAAAACCAACUACAAGAAUUCUUUAAUGUGUAUACCAACUUUGGGGAGUAUUCAGCUUAUGAUUUAUCUAGCGCAGCGCUUCAAUUCCGACUUUUUAGACAGCAUGGUUUCAAUGUCUCUUGUGGCAUCUUUGACCAAUUCAUUGAUGCUGAGGGUAAGUUCAAGGAAUCCUUAUGCUAUGACACAAGGGGUUUGUUGAGUCUAUAUGAAGCUAGUCAUGUUAGAACACAUGGAGACGAAAUUUUAGAAGAAGCUCUUGCUUUCACAACCACUCAUCUGACGUCUGGAGGACCCCAUUUGGAUUCUACUCCUGCAAAACAAGUGAAAUAUGCCCUUGAGCAGCCGUUGCAUAAGGGCAUCCCUAGAUACGAGGCCUGGCGUUACAUCUCCAUCUAUGAGGAAGAUGAAUCUCACAAUAAAGUAUUGCUGAGGCUAGCCAAGUUGGAUUACCACUUGUUGCAGAUGUCAUAUAAAGAAGACCUUUGUGAGAUAACAAGGUGGGGAAAGGAAUUGGAGAGUGUAUCGAAAUUUCCAUAUGCAAGGAGCAGAUUUGUGGAAUGCUACUUCUGGGCUGUUGGAGCCUUGUAUGAACCUCAGUACUCUCUUGCUCGAAUGACUACAGCGAAAGCAGGAGCCGUUCUUACAAUGAUCGAUGACAUCUAUGAUGCUUAUGGCACUCUUGAUGAACUUCAAAUUCUUACAAGCUCCGUGGAAAGGUGGAAUAGCAGUGGAAUCUGGGAUAGCAGUGGAGUCGAUCAACUCUCGGACUACAUCAGAACUUCCUACACCACACUUCUGAAAUUUAAUAAGAAACUCGGGGAAGAUUUAGCUAAAAGGCAAAGAACCUAUGCAUUCGACAAGUAUAUAGACGAUGUACGGUACCAUGUUGCUAAUUUUAAGGACUGUUGGAAAAAUUACAUGAGGACAAGCUUCACUCAGUCUAGGUGGUUCUUCACAAACAAAUUGCCUUCUUUUGCUGAUUACCUGAGCAAUGGUGCGAUCACAAUCGGAGCUAUUCUUGUAUCAUCAGCAGCUCUCUUGUACAUGGAUUGUGCCUUAGAGGAUGUUAUCAACUGGCUGUCAACUAAUCCAAAACUUAUGGCUGCUUACUCAACACAUAUGCGAUUGAUGAAUGAUUUUGGAGGUCACAAGGGUUUCCGCCUCUGGCCUGGUUUCAUGGCAGCCGCAGCUGCCUCCCCACCUCCGGGUGGGGGUAUCAAGGUGGCUCCACCCCCCACAUUUCAGAAAAAAUCCUUCUCUGCUUUGUUUGAGAAGCCGCUGUUGACGGAGGUGAUCCAAGUGCAGGCUUCGAGGACAACCCAUUGA